AUGGGAAUAGACAUUGUCAACUUCUACAGCAGCUAUGGUAGUUAUCACAGCAAUAUAGUGAACAAGGCCAUACAUUUGGUGUGUAUUCCACUCAUUUUGCUAUCAGCUGUUUAAAUUACGAACCAUUACUCAUUCACCAUUGACACAGGCUGUUGUCAAUUAAACUUUGGUUUAAUAAUGCUGUUCGUUCUUGCUCUAGUCUACAUGACUGUGGACCUGGUCAGUGGAAUUCUUGCUUCAUCAUUUUAUAUCGCAGUCACGCUAUUCCUCAAUUAACGCUUCGCCAAUAGCGAUGAGGCUCAAUGGAGUAAUCACUUGUUUUUGGCCACUACCUUCCAAGUCGCUUGUUGGAUUUUGUAGUUUAUUGGACAUGGAGUUUUCGAAAAACGUGCACCUGCUCUUUUGGACAACAUUCUGUAGAUCUUUGUGGCCCCAGACUUCGUGUUCUUGGAAGUAUUGUUCUUUUUGGGUUACAAGCCCCAAAUUCACAAGGCUUGUCAGACCCAGAUUGAAAACAGUAUCAAACAAUUCAGAAAUUCGAAGAAAGAAAUUUGA